GGCGGUUUACCGAUAUAACACUAUCGCUUGCGAUAGGAGCCAACAAGUUGACGUAGACUUUCCCAAAACGGACCAUCUUCCAAUAGCAAAAGAACAGCAAGGCUUCUAUCGUGCAUAUUUACAAACAACAUCGGAAUGAGAAAUGCAUCAUUACUUUGAGCGCCUGCCUGCUCUGCUCCGUCGUCGGGCAAUGCACUGUAGGCAUCCGUUCAUUCUUUAACUAUCAUGAGGCUGUCGAUGAGCCAAACUUGGAGCCUGUGCCGUCAUUCACACGAUUCAAGUGACUUGGCAUGUCACAAGUUGAUACUAGAUCAACUUCACCGCCUUCUUCUUCAAGAGUGAGAAAGAGGGCAUCUAUUGCAAACAGAUGAUCUUAAAGAAAUAUCAGAUAACGCCUUAUCAGUGGAUCCUGCUUCAUUCAAGCCUCAAUUCUCCCAUUUUCUCCAGAUUCCCAUCCACUUCUCUCCCACUCAAAGAUCCCAUCACAGUGGAAAAGACCCGCCCCGCCACAUCCCGCUCCGCUGUCAAUUUGUGGCUAUGGAGUCUUGAUCAUCAACCAAUCAAGUUCAGCAUUUCACAAUCAUGUCUCUUCCCUUACACUUUACUGCUGCCAGAUACUUCCGAGUCUACCCAUUAAGCCAUCGCAGAAAAAGUCCAAAAGUGGACAUACGUUGAGGUUCCCUACCAUCCAAGCUCCUAGGUAUUCGCAACACCUCAACUUGAUUCUCUAGUAUUCUAGACCCUCUUUAACAAAGUCAACUUGACUUCUUCUAUCAAAUUUCACUCUUGAUCCAUGAAUCUCUCCAUUUUGCUGCGGUGACCUCCCAAUGGCCGCGCCCAUCCGAUCCAGUCUAAGCCGUUCCGGCCGGACCUCUGUUGCCUCAAUUCGCAGUCUCUCCAAUGCUCGCCCGGCAAAGGCCCAGGUUCAGCCCGUCACUGUUAGAGAACCUAAGCCUUCUCUACCGCCUUCCGAUGCCACUCUUCUCGAGGAUUACCUAAGGCGAGGUGCCUUGUCGAGGACAUAUUUCGAUGCGACAGGCGUGCGAUGGGUCGGAUCUGGCGAUGACGGACCAAAGGACCCCAAUAAGGCAAAGCUAGGAAAAACUCUGCGAGUUUUACAAGAACGAUUACCAACGCUUUUACUACAUCCUCUUCCUCACGACAUUCUUGCGCCAAACAUCGCCCUCCAUCUUUUCCCUUCAACGCACCCUCACCUACCAACCGUCUCCGGCCGUGUCGCCUAUAACGCCGCCCUCUGGACCUCCCCGAUAGCAUGGAACCGUGUACCCAUUCUCGGCAAUGUCUGUAUUGAGGUUCUCGCGGAGCGCAUGACGACGGAGCCCCUCACAUUCUUACCCCGCCGUGCUGGUGCGAUACCCGAGCAGCUCGUGGUCCGCUGGUGCGAAAAGCGAAAGGGCUCAGAUAGUUCUUCUAAUAAAGGAGUGAUUGCCCGGUCCCUACCGUUUGGUCGGGGAGUCGACCCAGACAAGGCAUUCACGGGACUGUUUGUCUUUGACUUCGAUGCCGAAGGUCGAAUUCUAAGCCAUACUAUUGAGCAGGCACAAGCAGGUGGCGAUUGGGAAGCUGGAGUUGGCGCAAAGGUUGUCGGUCUGACUGACUGGCUCCUCGGAGGUUGCAAGAACCCCGGCACUCCUAUACCAAUGUUCGAGCGAGUGCGAAGACGACGAUCCAUCUAAACACUCACUGUGGGGUGGACAGUGAUGAUAUGACCCCAAGGGGCGUGUUCUUUUAGAAAACGAGAGCGGUUUACGGACGGGUAUGGCAUCAUGAGAGGCGUUUCCGGUUGCAUCUUGAUCAUCACCAGCGACUUCAUGCUGGUUCGGGUCGCAGGGUCUUUAUCCAUAAGACAGUGUACAACAACGAGCCAUGAGACUCCACACACAUUCAGACUUUGUAUAGCUUUGUAAAUUAACAACUAAAGCUCAUUCUUAGACAAUACCUUGCCUUCAAACAAUUCAUGUCAUUAAUCGUCCCUCUUUGACAGUUUAUCUUGUGCAAUGGAGCCUGUUCAUGGUUAGGGCCUCAAAUUCGAACAGAGUAUGAGUUGUGCAAUUCAUGUAAUUUAACA